UCUCUCUCUCUCAAGCUCUUCAAUCUCUCUCUCAGCUCUGUAAAACCCUCACUCUCUCUCUCUCUCUCUGACGAUUGAGGCUUUGGGAUUCAGACCUAGAAAUGGAGGCGAGCAUCAACGACAGCAGCAACCUAGCUUGCCGCGUCGCUGCAGCGAUUACAGUCUCUCUCGACUGGACCUCCACUCCCGACGCUCGCAAAGCCGCCGUCGCUUUCCUCGAAUCGAUUAAAACCGGAGAUGUGCGAGUUUUGGCAAACACAGCGUUCCUUCUAGUGAAAAAGGAUUUCUCUAGCGAAAUUCGGCUGCAUGCUUUUAAAAUGUUGCAGCAUUUGGUUCGGUUGCGGUGGGAGGAACUAAACCCUACAGAACAUAGAAACUUUGCUAAUGUCACUGUUGAUCUAAUGUCUGAUAUUGCAAAUCCUAGUGAAGAGUGGGCUUUGAAAAGUCAGACAGCGGCACUAGUUGCUGAGAUAGUCAGAAGUGAAGGAGUAGAUCUUUGGCAGGAACUGCUUCCAACUCUAAUUCCCCUCUCUGCAAAGGGUCCUAUACAUGCUGAGUUGGUCUCCAUGAUGCUGAGGUGGCUUCCUGAAGAUAUUACUGUUCACAAUGAAGAUCUUGAAGCUGAUCGGAGAAGGCUAUUAUUGCGUGGGCUGACCCAAUCUUUACCAGAAAUUCUACCUCUAUUGUACAAUUUACUGGAGAGGCAUUUUGGAGCUGCCUUGAGUGAAGCAGGGAAACAACAAGUGGAUCUUGCAAAGCAACAUGCAUCUGCAGUAACAGCUACUUUGAACGCCAUAAAUGCAUAUUCUGAAUGGGCUCCGUUGCCUGAUCUUGCUAAAUAUGGUAUAAUUCAUGGAUGUGGUUUCUUACUCUCUUCACCUGACUUUCGUCUCCAUGCUUGUGAAUUUUUCAAACUUGUUUCUGCAAGAAAGAGACCUGCUGAUACAUCCACUCCUGAAUAUGAUUCUGCUAUGAGUACUGUCUUUCAUAUUUUAAUGAACGCCUCCAAGGACUUUUUGUAUAGCUCUGGGUUCAUUGAUGAAAGCAAUAUUGAGUUUGCAGAAUAUUUAUGUGAAAGUUUGGCGUUUUUGGGUUCAACUAACUUGCAAUGUAUCGUGGGUGAUAGCACCACGUUUCCUCUUUACUUACAACAGAUGGUCAGGUUUUUUCAACAUCAGAAGCUAGUCCUUCAUAUUCAAUCUCUCCAGUUUUGGCUGGCACUCAUGAGAGAAUUGAUGUCUAAGCCAAAGGCUGCUGUACACUCAACACCUGAUGGUUCUGACCAUGUUGAUAAGGAAAAGCUGAAGAUUUUGACUUUUAUGAAUGAUGACAUAUGUAGUGCAAUUCUGGAGGUAUCGUUCCAACGAUUACUCAAGAGAGAAAAGAUUCUUCACGGAACGUCAAUUUCUUUGGGAUCAUUAGAGUUAUGGAGUGAUGAUGUUGACAGCAAAGGAAAUUUCAGUCAAUAUCGCUCAAAGCUCUUAGAACUGAUCAAGUUUGUGACCUCAUACAAGCCUGUGAUAGCCGGUGCCAAGGUUUCUGAAAGAAUUGAGACAAUCAUCAAAAGUCUCUUGCUUUCUCCAACGCCUGCUCAGGACGUACCUGUGAUGGAAAGCAUGCAGUCUGCUCUAGAAAAUGUCGUGAGUACUAUUUUUGAUGGAUCAAAUGAAAUUGGUGGGGUUAGUUCUGAAGUUCAACUGGAACUAUGCAGAAUAUUUGAAGGUUUGCUUCAGCAACUUCUCUCUUUGACUUGGACUGAACCAUCCCUUGUGGAAGUACUCAGUCACUACUUGGAUGCAAUGGGUCCAUCUUUGAACUAUUUCCCAGAUGCAGCAGGCAGAGUCAUCAAUAAACUUUUCGAGCUUCUAAACUCACUUCCAUUUGCUGUUAAGGAUCCCUCUACAAGUAGUGCACGAUAUGCAAGGUUGCAAAUCUGUACGUCGUUUAUUCGUAUAGCCAAAACUGCUGACAAAAGUAUUCUUCCACACAUGAAGGGUAUAGCUGACACAAUGGCAUAUUUGCAAAAGGAAGGUCGUUUGCUUCGUGGUGAACAUAAUCUUCUAGGCGAAGCAUUUCUUAUCAUGGCCUCUGCUGCUGGAUUUCAGCAGCAGCAAGAAGUUUUGGUCUGGUUACUAGAACCCUUGAGCCAGCAAUGGACACAGAUAGAGUGGCAAAAUAAUUAUCUAUCUGAACCACUAGGACUUGUUCGUUUAUGCAUGGAGACCCCAACUAUGUGGUCAAUCUUCCACUGUAUCACAUUCUUUGAGAAGGCACUUAAGAGAAGUGGAACCCGGAAAUCACAUUUGAGUUCACAAAACAACACGGCCGCAGGUUCUAUUCCUUUGCACCCUAUGGCUUCUCAUCUAUCGUGGAUGCUGCCGCCUCUUCCCAAACUUCUUCGCGCUAUACAUUCCCUUUGGUCUCCGUCCAUAUCUCAAACCCUACCUGGAGAAAUGAAAUCUGCAAUGACCAUGAGUGAUGUUGAGCAAUACAGUCUUAUUGGUGAAGGAAACCCUAAACUGUCCAAGGGUACAUCACCUACAUCCACUCUCACCAUGAGUAAGGAAGGAUACACAGAGCCAAAUGAAUCAGAUAUACGAAAUUGGAUGAAAGGGAUACGAGACAGUGGGUACAAUGUAUUAGGCCUGGCAACCACUGUUGGAGACUCAUUCUACAAAUGUUUGGACAGUGAUUGUGUUGCUCUAGCUUUGGUAGAGAAUAUACAGUCAAUGGAAUUCAGGCAUAUAAGGCUACUUAUUCAUUCAGUUUUGAUUCCUUUGGUUAAGAAUUGCCCUGUGGAUUUGUGGGAGGUUUGGCUGGAAAAGCUGUUGCAACCCUUAUUUCUACACUCCAGUCAGGCUCUUAGUUGCUCAUGGUCCAGUCUUCUGCAUGAAGGUAGAGCAAAGGUUCCGGAUGCCCAUGCCAUACUUGCUGGAACAGACUUAAAAGUAGAAGUAAUGGAAGAAAAGCUGCUUAGAGAUCUUACUCGAGAGAUUUGUUCACUCCUCUCUGCCAUUGCUUCUCCGCAGCUGAACACUGGGCUUCCAUCUUUGGAGCACUCUGGGCAAAUCAGCCGAGUCGAUCUAUCUUCACUCAAAGCGUUAGAUGCUUUCGCAUCAAACUCUAUGGUUGGUUUCAUUUUAAAGCACCAAGGUCUUGCCCUUCCAGCACUGCAGAUAUGUUUAGAAUCUUUUAAAUGGACUGAUGGUGAUGCCAUGCCAAAAGUUUCCUCCUUUUGUGGUGCUUUGGUUGUUCUGGCUAUAUUUACAAAUAGUAUGGAACUCCAACAGUUUGUCUGUAACGAUCUGUUUUCUGCAAUUAUCCAAGGUUUAGCCCUUGAAUCAAAUGCUUUCAUCAGUGCUGAUUUGGUUGGUCACUGUCGUGACAUAUACAUUUAUCUUUGUGAUAGACAUCCCGCUCCUAGGCAGGUUCUGCUCUCACUUCCCUGCAUCAAACAGCAGGAUUUGCUUGCUUUUGAAGAAGCUUUGAGGAAGACAGCUAGUCCUAAAGAACAAAAACAAUAUAUGAAAAGCCUGCUGUUAUUAGCUACUGCAAACAAGUUAAAAGCACUUGUUGCUCAGAAAUCCGUAAAUGUUAUAACAAAUGUAUCAGCAAAACCUCGCAACACAAUCAACAUUGCAGGAACCAUAGUUGAUGAGGGGGAGCGUAUUGGACUGGCAGCAUUAUCAUGACGUAAAUGUGUUGUUUUUGUACAAAAUUGAGAUCAACUAAAAGAAGGAAAUCUGUAUCGACGACUGAUGAGGUUAAAAGCCGUUUUGGGACAGAGUUCUACAGUACAGUUACAUCGGUUCUUGCUGACAAGUUACAUAUCUCAUAGAAGCCUUAAUACUUAGAAGUUCCUUGACAACGCCAUAUCUUGCUUGUAACUGGGUUUUGUAACUGAUAUAUCUCUUCGUAUGGAACUUACCGAGAGAGAGAGAGAGAGAGAGAGAGAGAUUGUCUAGCUCGCUGUUGCUUUCUUGUUGGUAGAUUUAACACUUGUUGCGUGCAUUGAUCAUGGUCAUGAACUGAGGACAGGUAAACAAAUGAUCCAGUCUUAGACCCAAUUGCACUGCUCUCCUCAGUUUAAAAUUCCCGUUGCAAAACUUGCAUAUCCAUAUCGAAAAUGAUUUACUGUGAUAUCUCGAGUUUGCCCAAGUAAAAAAGAGAUCUUCACUUCUGUCUCUGUCGAUUCUCUUUAUGACUAGCUGGUAUUUUGGCAAAGCUGGUGGGAAAUUCUUGGUAGUUUAGUAGAAAGCUUCUACGUGAGCCAUAGUUUAUACUAUCAAUAUAUUUCAGGUGCAAGUGCUCUAAUAUUGCCAUCAGUAGUUUGGCAUCAAUAUCAUCAACUACUCCUUGAUCCCUUCAAUGGUCUAACAGUCGUUGUCAUUGUUUCACGCACUUUUCCAGUUUCCACGUACAGCUUUGAAUAGUAGCUGGAGAAGGAAUGAACCUGCAAAUGGUGUGGUGAUCGUAAUUGUGGUGGAGCUGCUGGCUUUGGAGAAGGUGCUUGUGGGAAGCUGGUAACAACAAUGGGCCCUGGAGGCGGCGGAGGACC